AUGUCCGCCUCGUCGCAAAUCGCUAUGGGUAACACUGCCGAGACCAGUAUUGAAAUCGACGAUUCAGAGUCCGAGGCAGAGGAGUUUCACACGGCGUUGGAUACCCAACAAGAGCUGAAGGAAAGCGCACGCGACACAGCCUCCAUCUGUACUUCCGGCCUGACUUCUCUGCCUUCCGAAACCUCGACUCAGCUGGCCAUCAUCGACAAUCCAUUCCUCAUCCCUAUCCCUCCCAAGAGAGUCUUUCUUUUGGAAGGACCUAAAAAUUUGCUGAUGAUCGAAGCGCCACCGUCUCUAAAGGAUUUGCCUAGAGUCGUUGACCGGAUGGACGAUAUCGACGAAGAAGAACGAGAUCGUAUGGCCAAGACUAGCGAUGUGGUCACGAGCGGAUGCACCGAUGGGGGCCUGGAGCUACAGCCCUGGAUGAACAUGGACAUCGAUGAAGAAGGUGAAGAAGGCAGAGAGGGGGAAGAUCAAGUCGAUGGCGAGCUACCGGAAAAUCAUCAAGAAGAGUCCGAGGAUGAAGUCCAGUAUACGGGCACUUCUAAACGGAAAGACUCGAAUCAAGUCAAGCCUGAACCCCGAGAAGGCGACGAUGACGGUGACAACGAUCCGCUACUUCCUCAUGCUACUCCCGUACCACCCAAAAAGACUAGACGAACUGUCAAGCCGAGGAAAGUAGGAGGUAGCAGGAUCCCAGCUGUGCCAGAGUACAGAUACCCUGCGGGCAAGAUGACAGCCGAAGAAUUCAUCGCCGCCGCAGACACUUUUCAUCUAGUCAUCGAACAAGAGGGAAGCGCAGGGAGGAUCGGUAGAGCAUUGAUGGAAUUCGAUCUAAAACCUAGGAAGUUUAGUACUGGAUCCUACGGAUGGUGCGGCGCGCUCCAAGGCGCUUUACCCACGAACAAGGGGAACGUCCAGAUCAGGACAAGCGUCAAUUUGAUCGUCAAAGGAUCUAAACCGAUCGUCGUGGCGCCCAGAGUGCCUGCGGGGAGGAAAUAG